UUAUUUUUUUGUUUAUGUUUUGAUUGUUCUGUGUAAAUAUAUUUAAAAAAGCAAAAAAUACUAAUACAAUUAAUAAAUUCCAGUUUUUUGUCGAUGAUUUUUUUACGCCUUUAGGAUUACAUUAAACAUGGAAAAUAUUUCUAUAUUCAACAGUGAAAACUUGGUAACUGUUAAUGUGGUCUCUGGCUCAGAGAAAGAUCUUCAGAGUCCAACAGUGCUUCAAAACUUUUUUAUGAAGCAGCUUGAUAAUAAUACUGUAGAGCUAGUUCUCUGUGAGGAUCCUUGUACUGGGGUUCCACAAGACUCUGUAGAUGCUCAAACUGGAACAUCAGACAACAAUAGUGAAGAAAAAGCUGUGCAUCCACUAAACUUCUCAACAGUGUCAACGAUUCAGCCAAAAGGGAGUUCUAAUGAAGUUGCUAUGAUAAUGGGUAUGCAAAACACAGUUAUUCACCACACAUCUAAAUCUACCAGUCCUAAUCUAUUGAAUCUGUCUACAGUUUCAAAAUUUCAAGGCAGUCAAUCAUUACCUAAUACAUUGAAAACAAAAUCAAAGCUUAUGAAUGUAUUUGUUUACCAAUGCUUUAAUUGUUCAGAACAAUUUAGUAGUUCAACAUUAUUUAGGCAACAUUUAAAGUGGCAUAAACAGAAAAAACCAUUCAAUUGUACAAAAUGUUCUGCUGGGUUUAACAUAGAAAAUAAUCUUAAGGUUCACCAAGUAUUAAACCAUAUAGGAAAUCUAAAUUAUUGCCCAAUUUGUCCUAAGAUGGUGUUUCACCGGAAAGCUGGAUUAAGGUCACACAUUUUAGUGCACCAAGUUGAGGAAAUACUUAUAUGUGAUGAAUGUGGUGGAGAAUACUUAACAGAUGAUGAAUUGAUAAAGCACAUGGAGAGUCAUGUGGUAAUCAAAGAAACAAAGAAAAUGCCUGAUAGUUUACUGUGUCCAUACUGUAAGGUGGAUUUUCCAGAUAAGGUUGACUAUAAGCAGCACAUUGAUAAACAUAUGGAAGUAAACAGAAAUGUUCUUAAGGGUAAAAAGACAAGAAGACAGAAGCAGAUUAAGGGAGACUAUGUAUGUAAAUUUUGUUGGAAAAUAUUCUUAAAGCUGUCUUUACUUGUAAGGCAUGAAAGAAUACAUACUGGAGAAAGACCCCAUAAGUGUACUGUAUGUGGUAAAGCAUUCACACAAAGCAAUACUUUACAAAUUCACAUGUACAAUCAUACAGGGGAGAAACCUUAUAAAUGUACAUUAUGCUCUGCCAAAUUUAAUCAAAAAGGAAAUUUAAGAACUCACGUAAAGAAAACCCAUACAGCCCCAAAAGGCAAUCAAAAAGUAUACAAAUGCAUAAAGUGCACAUGCAUUUUUACAAAAGUUGCCACACUAAAUGCCCACAUGACGAAAGUGCAUCUUAAUGAUGAAGACAUGGACACAGACUCAGAAAGUGUCAUUGAUAAGGUUAUGGGUAGUUUAAAGUUGCUCAAUAAUGUAAGCAGUGCUUUAAAGGAAAAUAAUUCCUUAUCACCUACAACACUGUCUUCACCUCACGUCAAAGGCACAAACGUGAUAAAAGUGACAGAAAAUCGUGUAGAAGGUGGAGUGCGUAGAUAUUCAAUACGCCAAAAGAAAAUCGGCGAUGUUCGAUGGUAUUUUUGUAAUUACUGUACCGAAAAAUUUAAAAAACCUUCGGACGUUAUUAGACAUUUUCGGACUCAUACUUUGGAAAAACCUUUUCAGUGUACCAAAUGUUCGCGAGCUUUUUCUCUAAAAUCUACGCUAAGAUAUCACUUAAGAGUACACCAAAGAGCUGAAAUGGAAGCUAAGGUAACACGAGAGCAUUAUAUUAAAACUGUGAAUACUGCAAACGAUAGGGUCCAUGUAUUAAAUAAAACAGCAACUAUUCCUCACACAGCUACAAUAGUAUCAGGAAAUUAUAUGGAAACAGCUGCUUUCCAGCAAAAUCCUCAUGGCGCUGUAUCACCUUUAAUGGAAGGCUCUCUAAAGCAGCCUCUCUUUCACACAAAAGAUGGUAUUUUUCCAGUAAAACCGCCAAAAUCUCGAAUACCCAAUACCGGCACAGAAUCCCCUUUAGAAAGACCGCAUCAGUGUGAAUAUUGCAAGGCAAGAUUUACCAGAUUUAUGGCACUAAGAAGGCAUAUGAUGCAGCACAUGAAUAUUCAAAAAUUUAAGUGUCGCUUCUGUUUAAAGUCAUUUGCGAUGAAAUAUAAAUUAACUGAACACAUAAAAACUCAUAACCUCGAACAUGAUUUCAAAUGUGAUAUUUGUGAUAAGACAUUUGUGAAUAGUACACUUUUGAAGCGACAUUUAGUAAUUCAUACAGAUGUUAGACCUUACAUAUGCCCCUAUUGCUAUAAGUACUUUAAAACAGUAACAAUGUGUAGGUGGCAUAUAAAACAUGUGCAUAAAAACCAUACAGAUGUUGGUGGAGGAGAAUUAGGUCCAAAUAAUCUAAAUUUACCAGAAAAGACAGUUAUAAGUCCUGAAAAUUCUAUUAAGCAACAAUUAGUGGACUCGAGUGGUAAUGCAAAUGUCUCUACUGAAAAUGGCCUGCAAAUGAUAUAUUUAGAUUUGGUUGGCAAUAAUGAUGAGUUUGAAAGUGCUUCGAUACCAUCUAUAAAAUUACAUAAUGACUCCUACUUCUGCAACCCUCUAAACCAUGUGCUGACAGACACCACAAAAACGGAUAUAAUAGUAAACACAAAUGAAGUUUUAAAUUCCAGUGAUGCAAGUAAAAAUAAUAGCUUAACAACUAUUAACGUAAUUGAUGAUGGGCCUGGACUAUCAGCUGUUAAUUUGGCAGAGUUGCCUAUAAGCCUUAGUGAUACAGGCUCGGACAACAAUAUUAUUAAUACUGAUAUGAUACCUUGUGAUGCCACAGUUUUUUGCAUUAACUGUCAUAAACUGUUUUCUGAUCCAAUUAUCUUUUUAAAGCAUUUAUGUUCUGGAGAAGUGUCAAUAAUCAAGGAAAACGAUCUAGGAGAUAAAAUUACGGUAAAACCAACUAGUGAUAAUGUCCCUGUAGCAGAAAGACAGAGUUUUGAGAGUAAAAGUCCAGCUUCAGUUGUAGAAAACUUAGGAUUGGAUAUUGAAAAAAUUAAAAGUUUUCCAAGUAAAAACGCCUUAUUGAAAGACAUAGAAAAGCUGGAAGCAUCAAAGAACUUUGAAUGCAAAUACUGCAGCUUUAAAACAUGUUUGCAGGAAAAGUAUAAAAAGCAUCUACUAGAGCAUCAAAAUCUUACUGAUAGAGUUUGUAGAUUUUGUUGCAAGGAGUUUAGAAAACCUUCAGAUCUUAAACGCCACAUAAGAACCCAUACUGGCGAAAAACCAUUCGAAUGUCAAACCUGCCACAAAAAAUUCUCUCUGAAGUCAACAUUGUUCUCUCAUAUGAAUACUCACGAUAUUGUUAGUACUACCAAGAUUUCUUGUGAUGUCUGUAAUUCCGUAUUUACUACGAAAUCUAGCCUGAAAGUUCAUAUGCUUUUGCAUACAGGGGCGAGACCACAUACAUGUCAUUUUUGCGACCAGAAGUUUAGAACAUCAGCCAUUCGUAAAACGCACGAAUUUAAUGUUCAUUUAAAGCAGCAGAAUAAAGCAAAAGCUGAAAACCCUGUUCGGGUUGCGGCUGAGCAAGUUGGCGAAGAAGUAAAAAACAAAGAAUCAAAUACUGAAGACAAGGCUUCAGCACAGUCUAUUGUAUCUUCCAUACCAGAAAGAGCGAUAAUCCUAAACCCAGAGGGAACUACCAUGGCGUUAGACCAGGUUCUCUUUUUUCCGGAACAAUCAAACUCUGAUAUAAUUUUAACUGCUGAAAGCGGCAUGCCGAUUACUUUAGGUGACCUAUCAGUUUUGGGUCUGGACAAUAUCGAAAUUACUGAUACUAGUCAAGCUGUUCAAGAAAACUUGCACAAAAAUCCUGACUCAACUCAAAAACAAAAAAAAGUGGUGUGCGAUAUUUGUCAUAAAAUGUAUUCAUCCAAAGAUGUAUUAAGAAAGCACAAAAAGAAGUUGCAUGGUCAGAAUAAGAAGUUUCCUUGCAUUAAGUGUGAUAAAGGUUAUGAUCAACUGGAAGAACUGAAUAAACAUAUAGCAAAAUUACAUACUGGAAGUCGCCCCUACGAGUGUCCAUAUUGCAAAAACAGCUUUGGAGAGGAGAACAGUAUGAAAACGCAUAUAAAAAGAAUGCAUUUAGAUUCAACGGUGGAUCACAAGAUGGCCGUUAGUACUCAGGCCCAAGAAUUUGAGCUGUGCUACUUAGCAAAAUAAGAAUAUAAUAAAGUAGGGGAUGCUACAUUCAUAUAAGUUUAUUAAAUACCUCUCCAUCUUUUUAAAAAUAUUUUAUUUAUAAUAGAUUUUAUUGUAUAUAAUAUAUUGUAAUAGAUAUAUUUAUCAACCUUUA